GUAAAGACAGUUGCUUAAUUAUAUAUUUUAUUUACAAGCUAAUGCAAAUAAUCAACGCAUGGAUGAGAUAAUGAGGAAUCUUGGCACCCUGAAUCACAAUACCACAAAACGUGAUCCCACUUGUAGUGUACACUUUAUAGAUUCGACUGCAUCAUAUAAAGAUGAGCAGAAAUUCGUAAAAUGUCUAGUGUCCAAGUCGGAGGAUUUAGAAGUCAAUAGCGUUUUAAGACGUAAGCCCGUGGAACUGGCAACAAAUCGCUCGUUAUUCGAGAUUGGACACAAUUUUGAAGAUGUUCCAAAUUGGCUGAGCAUCGAGCAGCCGGCGAAAACUCCAUUAAAAAACAUUUUGCGGUACAUGGUGGACAAUCAUUUAAGCACAACCGUUCAGAUCGAAAUAAAUACAAUGUAUUUUAAUUGUCACAUUCUUGUGCUGCAAUCGUAUUCAAAGUUCUUUUUGGACCUGGAGGUGGUUCCGUUUGCGCUAACAUUGCCCGAGGAAAAGGUAUCGCAAAAGGCAUUCAUGCUCAUCUAUAAGUGGAUGAUAAGUGAUGAGCCCAUCCUGGAGAGAAAGAGUAUUCUUGAAGUCUUUGUGGCAGCUACAUACUUGAGAAUUGAAUCGCUAUUGCUUCACUGCUGGAAAUACUUUAAUAUUAUCGAGUGUUUCAAUGAGGACACCGCUUGUAUUUUGUACAUUGAAACGAAACGCAAUCCGGCAUUAGAUAUUGUGCGUAGUAUAAUGUUAACGCGAAUACGGAAGUUUCUACUUACAUUUGUUGCAACUCGAGAUUUUUUCGAUAUUCCGCCGAACCAUCUAGUCUAUCUGCUCAGUUCCAAUGACAUUUGUGUCAAUACGGAAGUUGAGAUUCUCUUUAUUAUGGUACGUUGGCUGGGACAUGAUUGGAAGCAGCGUCAAAAAUAUGUGAAUAGCUUAAUUCCUUGCAUACGAUUCGAUUUGAUGCCGCUCUGGUAUCUGCUUUAUGUACGUCAAGUGGAAACACACAAAUUGAUCAAAAAGCUGAUUAAUAUUCCCAAAGUAAAUGCCACUUUCAACGAGACGAUUUCCAAGAUAACUUCGAAAAUGUACGGAGAAAAAACGAAUGCUAAGAGUAUAAACCAAGGUACAGAGCAUCGACAAUGGAUACAGGAUGAAAUGUGUCCUUACUUCCAUCAUAUAGCCUGUCCAUAUACGCGUAAUAUAAAUUUUAUUCAAUUUGAGUCGUAUUUAACAGCAUUACAACGUCAAACUCAUAAUAGAUGGGCAACAGUUGAACUGAUUGAUUUUAAAAAGCCAAAACAAUGUUGUAUUACACUGCACGAUUUUAAAAUUUAA